AUGGUAGAAAAAGAACAAACGAAAAGAGAUAUAAGAGAGUUGGCUAAAAAUGACAAAUAUUCAAUUUUACUUCCGACGUACAAUGAGGUUGAAAAUUUACCUAUAAUUAUUUGGCUUAUCAUCAAAUACAUGGACGAAAGCGAACUUGAUUAUGAGAUAAUCGUGAUAGACGAUGGUUCGCCAGAUGGGACAUUGGAUAUGGCUAAACAGCUGCAAAAUGUAUAUGGCGAAGAAAAGAUAGUAUUGAGACCAAGGGAAAAGAAGCUUGGACUGGGAACCGCUUAUAUGCAUGGGAUUAAACAUGCUACAGGGAACUUCAUAGUCAUUAUGGAUGCUGAUUUGUCUCAUCAUCCAAAAUUUAUACCCAAAAUGGUUGAACAACAGAGAUAUCUUGAUUUAGACAUUAUUAGUGGUACAAGGUAUGCUAAUGGUGGAGGAGUUUAUGGCUGGGACUUUAAAAGAAAAUUGAUAAGCAGAGGAGCAAACUUUUUGACACAAAUUCUCCUGAGACCCGGUGCUAGUGAUCUCACAGGGAGCUUCAGGUUGUAUAAAAAACAUGUGUUGGAGAAAUUAAUUCAGUCGUGUGUAUCCAAAGGAUACGUCUUCCAAAUGGAAAUGAUAGUCAGAGCCAGACAAUUGAAAUAUACCAUAGGAGAAGUACCGAUCUCAUUUGUAGACCGUGUCUACGGUGAAUCAAAAUUAGGUGGUUCAGAAAUAUUCCAGUUUGCAAAAGGUCUUCUAUACCUUUUUGCUACUACAUAAUCUAGAAACCAAGAUUCUGCAAUAACAUUCCCUGUAUUGUAAACAGAAUAUAUAAAUUAAAAAAUGUGUAAAUAAAACAUUAUA